AGAAUGAGUGCACAACCGGUUGGAAAGUCCGACAUGCAGACUCUUCGCGAUGAAAAUGAAGUGCUUCGCUCACUGCUCGUCAAAAAGUACACUUGUCCCGAUUGUACUUCGAUGAAAAGUUUGAUGGAAAAAAUUGCGGAAAUGGAGAAAAAGUUGGAUGCCGAGACCAAGCAGAACGCGUUGUAUCGAAAUCAAUUGACUGAAUAGAUUAACAAAAACACGGCUGCUA